ACGUGUAAAGACCACAAACGUGACAUUGGCGGAAUUGUGUAAAUGCAAAUAGGCCAUGAAUUAAAAAAGAAGAAGAAGAAGAAGCUAUGGCAGAUGAAAAUAUCACUCAAAAGAAAGAAGAACCUAAAAAGAAAUUUAAACGCCCAAAUAAAAACUAUGCUGUAAAGAAAAGAUUACCUCUAAGGCCUGUAGAGGGUGACAAUGUUAUAUUCAUAACAAAGAAGACCAAUUUUAAGGCCCAGUUAGACAAAUGCUGUGACCUAUUGACCAAAGGAGAAAAGGAAAUUAUACUACACGGCUUAGGAGCGGCUAUUCAGAGAUGCUGUAACCUAGCAUUACAGCUAGAGAUUUUAUUCUCUGGAACCUACCAAAUAGAAGUAAACACUGGCACGGUUGACUUAGUUGAUGAUUUGGAGCCACUAUCAGACGACCUAGACUUUGGAUCACAAGUGAGACACUCUUCUUCAAUACACAUAAGAGUGUUCCGUACAGCCAUGCUUGGUGCAAAUCAAUAAUCCUAAAAUGUUCUUCACAUUAAAUGAAAUUGUGCAAUGGAUUGGGUUAACAGUGUUUGAAAUAUGGAUAAAUUUAAUUACAAUAACAAUAUUCUCAGUGUUAUUAGCAUUGAAGAUUGAUGGAGUGAUAAAUAGUGCAUGGUGGACUAUAUUUGCACCAUUAUUUGUAAGUGAUGCUAUGAAUGCAUAUUUUUGUUGUAUAGUAUGUAUAAGAAUGAAUUUGGAGAGCUCAUACAAAGCUUCCUUGUAUAGAGCAUCCUGGAGUGCUAUAUUCCUUGGAUUGACAUUUGUAUUUAAGUUUCUGUUAUGUAGAAAACUACAAGGUGAUUCAGCAAUAGAAUAUAGCGAAGUAUUUGCUCCACUAUUUAUACUUUUACAGUUAAUAGCAGUAAGGGCUUGUCAGUUACAUCAGUAAAUAAUAUUCUUGAUAUAAUAUUUUAAAUAAAAAGCUGAUUUCUU